AUGGGUGUUAACAUUGAAUUUAAUGAUCAACAUCCCAGCCAAUAUGCAGCCAAAGUUCGCCAUUUUAACAUGAGUGAAACUGCAAUUAUUGGAAAUGAGAUUAAUAAGCUUCUUAGCAAGGGGGUUAUUAUUCCCUCCAUACAUGAGCUAGGUGAAUUUAUUUCAUCAAUCUUUCUCAGACUUAAAAAAGACGGCUCAUAUCGUAUGAUACUUAACCUCAAGUCUUUCAAUGAAUUUGUGAAGCAUCGCCAUUUUAAAAUGGACACUUUAGAUGCAGCAGUAAAAAUGAUGAAGCCAAAUUGUUAUAUGGCCUCUAUUGAUCUCACUGAUGCCUAUUAUAUGGUGCCAGUGCAUGCGGCAGACCAAAAGUUCCUAAAAUUUGAAUUUUUGGGUCGCCUCUAUCAGUAUACCUGCCUUCCAAAUGGACUCUCGAGUGCUCCACGUAUAUUUACAAAAUUACUAAAACCAGUAUAUUCUACCCUACAUAGUAUGGGCCAUAUGAGUUCAGGGUACAUUGACGACUCCUACCUCCAAGGGGACACCCCUGCAGAAUGUUCUCGCAAUAUAUCAGCCACAAAAACACUUGUGACAGAGUUGGGAUUUAUACCUCACCCCAAGAAGUCCGUCACUGUCCCAACACAAAUUCUUGUGUUUCUUGGGUUUAUACUUAACUCAAUCAACGUCCCCAACACAGGAGAAAAUAGACAAGACAGUGGCCGCUUGCAAACUAUUGUUAGCUAA